AUGGGGAAGGAGGUUUUAGAGGCAAUCUUCCAGUUCUUUAAUAAAAAAAAGGAGUUCUACAAAGCUAUUAACACUCAUCCCCAAGCUAUGUUUGUUGAUUGGAUCAUGAUUUGUGUGAAGGCAAUUUCAUAUUCAAUCACUAUUAAUGGGAAGUCAACCAAACCCUUUGAAGCCAGGAAAGGAUUAAGGCACGAGGACCCUUUGUCCCCAUAUUUGUUUGUAUUGGUAAUGGGAUAUCUCAACAUGCAGCUAAAGACAUUAGCACAACAACUUAAUUUUAAAUUUCAUCCGAAAUGUGCUAAGUUAAAACUGAUUCAGCUGGGAUUUGCAGAUGACUUUCUUUUGUUCUGUAGGGGAGAUAUAAUUUAUGUGAAAAUGCUCUUUGACUGUCUUCAAAGCUUUUCAAUAGCUUCUGGACUAAUAGCAAAUUUAAGCAAAAGCUCAGUAUUUUUUCAGAUUUUUGUGUUGCCUAAGAAGGUGAUAAAACUUAUUGAAGCUAACUGUAGAAGAAUCUUGUGGACUGGAGGUGUCGAACUAUCCAAAAAAACUUUAUUGGCAUGGGAUAAAAUCUGUAUGCCUAGAUCUGCUGAUGGCCUAAAUAUACUUGACCUCUCUGUGUGGAAUAAAGCUGCAAUAUGCAAAUUAUUGUGGAAUCUUUGUCAGAAGAAAGACAAGCUAUGGGGUAUUAGCAGAGACCCUAUGUGCUGGGACGAGGAACUAAUGUGGGUUGUUCAAAAUGCAAGUGGAAAGAGCCCUGAAGCUGCAGUAUAUAGAAUAUUGUUAUCUGCAGCAGUUUACUAUAUGUGA